AGGUCCAAAGCCGUCUGGGGAGACGAUGCCAAUGCAUUCAAACCCCAGAGGUGGAUCAAAGAUGCUCCACCGGCCAAGGCGGGUGUAGCAGUGGCACCGUCCAUGAAUCAAUCAAGUAUGACAUUUCUGAGUGGCCCGAGAGCCUGUAUUGGCUGGAGGUUUGCGAUGAUAGAGAUGCAAUUUAUAGUGGUUAGCCUUGUCAACCACUUUGAAUUCCAAGUCGAGAAGAGCGUCCCCGAAGGGGGCAAUGCUGCGACGUUCCCGCUCGUGGACGGAGAAGAUGAUAAAGGUCCGCAGUUGCCAUUGCGUAUAUCACUCGUCCAGUGCUAG